AUGGCAGCUGGCACGACCAUCGGCCAUGCGGCCCUCAGCGCAGGCCACAGCAUCCGAGAGGCCGCCGACUUCGCUGCCACCGCGGCGUCCAAGGCGUCCUCGGACUUCGGCCUGGUUCCGGCCGAUGCAGCGGCCUUGGGAGGGCGAGCCGCUGGCAAACUGGCCACGGAUACGGCCGACAGGGUGCAGGCGGCCGAUGCAGCAGCGGAAGCUGCGGGCACCUUUGCCACACGCGUGGCGAUCGAUGCGGGUCUGACACUGGAGCAGGUGGCAGAGGAGGCAACGAUCGCGGCGUGUGCGGCUGCAGAGGAGGCCGGCAGCACACCGCAGCACGUGGCCGAGGUCAGCGCCAAAGCUGCGGGGAUCGCGGCAGGUGAAAUGGCUGCAGAUGCUGGAAACACUGCCAUGAAGAGCGCGGAGAUCGCGGCCAAGGCAGCCACGAAAUCUGCGGCAACCUCGGGGCUGCCUCCUUACCAGGCGGUAGAAGCCACCGCCACUGCGGCAGCUAGGUCUGCCAGUCGUGCGGCCAUCAACGCGGGGCAUCCUUACCUCAUCAUCGCAGAGGUCACCCGACAGCUGAACACACAGCUCGUCGCAGCAUUGAAGGAUGCUGACAACGGCAAAGAUUCUGUGAGCCUCGCUGAGCUCAAGGAGAUCUUUAGCCGCUCAAACAUCGACAUUCACGAGGAUGCUUCACCGGCUUGCACGAUGGGCAUCUAG